UCAAUGGAUUUGCUCUCCGUAAAAAUUCUCUCCUAUGAGUUGCUCGACUGAAGGGCAUCAUGGUCACUUGAUUUCGCACAGCGUCUUAUCGUCUUAUCGGUCCGUCUCUCUUGCACCUAUGUUGGUGUUUAUGAUCAAUGUUGUAAACGUGGCAGCGAAUGGCAUUCCCUCUGCACUGCUCUGGACUGGACCGUCAGCCCGGCCGGUGCGCAUGCGCGGACGCGGAUAGACAGACAGACGUAGAGCCUUGUUGCGCGGCUGCGGCUUGCGUGCGGCGUGCUUGGCUGGGCUGGGACUCGACGCAACGCCAGAAGACCGUUGGAAGACCUGGAUUGGAGAGAACUCCGAUUGUUUGGCCCUUGCUCCCAUAUAUUUUGAAUUCUAAUACAUGCACGAAUGGUUGAUUCAUCAUGGAAGAUGCCGUCGUACGGAAACGCGUCCGUGAUUAUAACUUUGUGCUUGCUAACUUUCCUGAUGGCCCUGUAACAAUACAGGGCCACUGGCUUACUGAAGAUGAGACUCAUGCAGCCUGGCCCCCUCUUGACAAGAGAGUUACUCCAAUGGCCUAUGAUAAGUGGAUUCAAGGUGGAAGACGAGAGCCUGAAGGUCAUUGGCGUGUUUUUCCAGUCAAGAUUAGAUAUUUCAAUGAUAUUUUUUCCAAAGUCCGUCUUAAGUUAAAGCAGGCGGAAGAAGUGACUGACACUGACCUGAAUUCAGACAAUGAUAAAAAUCCUACACGCAACCGCAAAGUCACAACGCACUAUGGUCUAAACUCAUCUGAGGACGAAAGUGAAGGCUUGGAUGCAGUUUCCGUUAAGGUCCCUAAGGCACCCUCUCCACAGUUGACACUGGGUCAAUUCUGCAAAGGUCAAAGAAUGAAAGAAGGAUUGAGAAGUAUGUCAAAUGAGCGAGUCAAGAGGAAUUUAGUUGGUGAGAAUUUUGGCACAAGCAGUCACCCACAUGAGAGAUUGAGGUCUAAGUCUGUGAAUCUCAGAACAGAUAUGCAGACAAAUAAUGGAGAGGACAAACUCGAGAGAGAAAAGGGGACCUCAGGAAAAAACAAUAAUUCCGGGACAAGCAAGCUAGAUAUAGGUUUGUUUCGAGGCCAGACCAAGCUGCAAACGCAAGGUUCACUGAAGGAUACUGGCUCACCUCACAGCCAGACUGACACCAAGACUGCUAAAUCUCAAGGUGCAACAAAUGCUUCUGAUUCACCUUCUAGCCUAGUUGGCUUGACAGCUAAGGCCCGAGGUACACCAGUGGCUACUGAUUCUCCUCAAAGCAAAGUUGACCUGCAGAUAGCUAAGGCCCAAGGUACACCAUUGGGUACUAAUUCGCCUCAAAGCCAAGGUGACCUGAAGGCAGCUAAGGCCCAAGGUACACCAGUGGGUACUAAUUCGCCUCAAAGCCAAGGUGACAUGAAGAAUGCCAAAGCCCAGGCCAUAGCUUUAGCUGCAAAGAUGUCAGAUAACGAAUUCAAGGGAUAUGUUAUCCUUGGUUUCACUGAGCUCCGGUCUCAAAUGAAGGAGUUAACAUCUGUUGUAUCGAAAGCUAAAAUGCAUGAUCGUAGACAGGAGGCUGUGCCUCCCUCAUCAUCAGGAAAUGACACUUGCUCCAUAGAUGAUGAUUCCACUGACCCUCUAAGUGGUCUACCUGCAAUGGAUCAUGAAACAUGGAAUGAUUUCUGUGAGAAGCUCAAUCGUGAUAAGAUGUUUGCUCGACAAGUGGUUAUUAAACUGAAAGACUGCUGUGCGCAUACAACAGCCAUUGAUGAAUAUGUACGCUAUGCCUUGUCCUUAGUAAUGACAAACUCCCUUGCCACGGAGUUUAACUGGGGAGGCCGCAAAAAAAAACAGUUCAGUAACCAAUUUUUUGUUAAGGUUCUGCAUUUCUUGCUUAAAAAACACACCAAGUUUCCUCGAAAAGAGGGAGACUUAAAAGAGAUCGUGUCAAAUUGGCUCAGGUUGGCUCCUCAACGCUCUGGGGGCAUGAAAUUUAGGAAAUACAUACCUCAGUUGAAUAGUUCUAAGGAGGCCAGAGCCAACGGUACAACUGAGAAUGACAAUGAAACUGUGAAUGGUGAUGAAACCCCAACUAAAAGGACGAGGCGCUCCCCGAAGAAGAAAACCUCACCACGAAAAGAGAGCUCUCCAAAGAAGGAUAGGAAGGGUGCAGUGACCAAGUCAAAACUCCUUACUCCCAACAAAGUGGAAGAACUGAAAAAGAAGCUAGCUAAACCUAAGAAGACUGAUGCUUCCUUUAGUGAUAUUGACAACCACUUUGAUAGUGAUCAUGAUCAAUCUUUUGGUUUAAAUAAUAGUGGUGAAUCUGAAAAAGCCUUGAAUCCAAAGAAGGAUAGGAAGGGUGCAGUGACCAAGUCUGGCAAAGAGAAACGAAUGAAAAGGAUGCCUCAUAACAGCUUGGACAAUUAUAAUAAUAGGUGAAUAUUUUUUUGACCA